AUGUCAAUUGGAUAUCCUCCCCUACCUCAACACGUCCCUGCAAAUAGAUAUUCUCCCAGAGCUACUGACUCUUCCUCCAAACACCACCAAGCUUCCGUUAUUGACCCUCUCAUCAUCCUUGCACUUUUAGUAACUGAAAAUACAAAACAGAUUGCAAACACUCUCAUCUCUAUCCCACUCUUUACAUCUAAAUCAAAAAAAAAGUCUCACUCAGUCACACAAGUCUCUAUGUUCUUUCCUCUUGUCACUUUUAUUCUCUUUUCACUUUUUUCCAUCGCCAUUCUCGGCGUCUUUUGGACUUCCAUGGCUGUCAUUCUCCUAGCCCCAGUCCUUGUUGGUGUUACUGUCUUUUCAAUCAGCUUUUACGCUACAUACUAUGUUUCACGUAGGGUUUAUAACAAGUACGGAAAAUCUGCAGUGAAUAAAAAGUUGACUCUUCUUGGUAUCCGCAAAUCAAAACCCCCUGCCUCGUCUGCUUCUGAAACAACCUCUGUCAAAUCUCUACCCAAUGGCACUAAUACUACCUGGUCCCGUGCAUCCCAGCUAGUUAAUAAGAUUGCUCCCGGUCGGAUUGUUCAAGGUGACAAGGACAAGGCUACAAACAAGAAGAAUUGGUGGAAAUUUGUAAAUAAGAUGGAUGCUACGGUAUACAUGUCGGAAGGUGAACGCGAUGAGUUCUACCGCCGUGUGAAUGAGGUCCGCGAACGUCGCCAGAAUGCUCGCAAGGUUGCUGAGGAUUCGUUUUCUGACAUUAAGGAUGAAUCAAGCCGCAUUGUUGAAGAUGCAGAAGACAAACCUGCUGAAACUCCCGUUGCCAACAUUCUCACUCCAGAAGUUGUGGGUUCUGCCCCAUCCAAUUAUGACGAGGAACAAACUCAGGAGGAAGAAGAAGAAGAAGAUGGCGAGGGCGAUGAGGGUUAUGGUGAAGGUGUCCCUCCUUAUCAAGAGGAUGGCACCAUGUCUCAAGGUGCCUAUUAA